UUGCCAUCAAUUAGUUGCCGAGUGUGGUAGUGUACGCUGACAAUUUCUGUAUUAGUGUGUUUUCUCACAUUCACUUCUCUAGCCCUCUCGCUAUCCCUUUCUGCAAAGAUAUACCCCCCACGUUGGUUUUGUUUCAUUUUCAUUCCAUAAUAAUCCUUCAACUACCUUUCUUCUCCUUUUUAUGGUUAUUCCAUCACCCUUCUCCUACCAGCUCCUUGGAGAAAGUUUUCCUUCGGAAAUAUUACUGUUGCUGCUGCUGAAAGUACACUCCCUUGGAUAUACGUGUGCCCAAGAUUCCAGGUUACGAAAAGGAUUAAAUUUGGCUCUUGCUUCGGAUACCUGAAGGAAACAUAUAUACAAGGGUUCACCAUGCUAAAGCAAUCUGCUUGUAGAAACCAGAGGUAUAAAGGCUUCAAGGUAAAGCAUGUUCUUCAGAUAUGUGCCUUGCUUGCCCUUUGCAUCUGGUUGCUGAACCAAGUUAGGGACACUUAUGAUAAGAAGGGCACUGGAAUUUUCCGCAAGGUAACCAGUGAGCAUGUAGCCAUAAACCUUGGGAGGAAGGACCUUGAUCCUCAAGUACAAGGGUCAUCCACUGAUCAGAAUAGCGGAAGUGGAGAAGUUGAAGCAGAAGAAGAGGUGGAAGAGAGUAAUGAUGGAAGAGGCGGUGGAGAUGAUGAGAUUGAUGGGCGUGAUCAAGAGAAAGGGGACGAGGAAGAGACUGAGGAAGUUGAGGAUCUCAUUGACGAAGAGGAUAGAGAGAAGGAAAACCAAAUUGAGGACUUAAAUUUAUUAGAAGAUCAAGCCAUAAAUGAAGGUGAAGAAAAUUUACAGGAUCCAAGAGAGGAAACGUACAAGAGUGAUGACGCAUCAAGUUCCAUUGUGCAAAGCAACCUUGAUACAGGAACUGCUGCUCAAAUUCGACGUUUGAGAAGUGUGGAGGAAACGCUACAUGAUGAACAAAAUGGUGAGGAAGUAUCAAGUUUUAGUGUAGCACAGACCAGAGAACACGAUGGAAACCUUAGCAUCAUCAACAACAAGUGAGAAAGUAGGUGUUGCUCAGAAUUGAGUCUUUCAGGUCUUUGGGAUUCUUCAUUUCACCAAUAAAAUCUGAUAGGAUUCAUCAACCUCUUUUGCACAUUUUGCAAGAGAAGGAAAUUCCAGCAAAGUUGCAGCGGAAUAAGUUGACAGUAGUUCCUGUUCAACAUGUUGUUGGGUUUAUUUGUUAUGCCUUAGGAGAUAGUUGCUUCUUUCUGUCUUCAGAAUACAGGCCUGUAGCUGAACCGUACAAAAGUUUUAGCAUUUGCCCCAUGCUAUAGAAGAAAUUUUUCAAGAUUGCCAAUAAUUAGCUAGAAGUAAAACUGCCUUGGUGUUAUAUUGUAAAACUAAACGCGUAACUUGUA